UCGGAUCGACUCUGCACAAACCUCACCUUAUUUGAGUAAUCUCUCUCUCUUUCUCUUUCUCUCUCUAUCAUCACUUUCAGAGUUCCAUCAACUCUUUUCCCAUUUGUUCUUUCUGUUGUUGAUCGGUUCACAAUGAACCCUAGCCGGCAGAUAUGCAAGUAAAGAAAUAUGACGCGGAAAUGUGGAGGCGGAGGUGAAACGGCGAUUUGAUUCGGUGUGGUGUAAUAAUCGGCGAUAUUAGUUCGUGUACGUACUUACUUACUAAACGAACGUAGCAAUGCGAGUCAAGGAAAUGCAUCCACUGUGUUGCAUUUCGUUGGAGAGUCCAGGGAUCGGAGACCAAUCGCCGAACGUCGCGCCGACGAGAACGUGUUCCGGUUUGCCUGCGACGAUGACUGUUUCCUGCGGAUCUGACGGUAUUAAUGCUGGUCAACCGCUAGGAUCUGAUGCGAGUUUUGCCGGCGUUCUCUAUAAAUGGACUAAUUACGGCAAAGGAUGGAGAUCGAGGUGGUUUCUACUCCGCAAUGGUGUUCUCUCCUACUCGAAGAUUUAUUGGCAGGAGAAUCUUGACCUAUUUCCUUCCGGCGAGGACGUCAGGAUGAUCGGAGAUGUCUCUUGCAAUAGACUAUCCCGUCUCGAUAUCUCCGGUGGUAGCAGGAGGAAGCAUCGCAAGGCUCUCGUUCAUCUCAAGCAGGUGUCUUCAUUUAGAGAGAGUAAAUCCGAUGACAGGAGAUUUUAUAUCUUUACGGCUACCAAGACCUUACACCUAAGGACCAAAUCGAAAAAAGAUAGAGCGGCUUGGAUAGAAGCUCUGGUUUCUACUGGAAAUCUAUUUGCUUUCAGGCCCUUAAAUGAUGGUCUAUCCUCAUUUCCACCAAGGGAUGUAAAGAUAUCAACCGAAAGGCUUAAGAAGCGUUUGCUUGAGGAAGGACUUGGCGAACCCCUUGUUCACGACUGUGAGCAGAUCAUGCUCUCAGAGUUUUCAGAAAUUAAAGGCCAAUUGAGCGUUCUCUGCGAAGAGCGUUCCAAUUUGCUGGAUACUCUAAGGCAGUUAGAGGCAGCUCAGAUUGAAACUGAAGGAUCUGGGGUACACGAUGGUGCUUACCGAUUAAUAAAGAAUGAUAUCUCCUCUUUGAGGAAUACAAAAUAUAGCGAAUGCAGCACAACCACUUCAUCUGAUGACAUUGACAAGCAAGAGCUUGAAGAAGUUUCAGACGAAGAAGAGACCUACUAUUUUGACACAGCAGAAAAAUUCUCUGACCCGCCCAUAGAUUUUGGGCCUAGUGCAGGUGAGGUUAAUGAGACUAAAGAACAGGAAAUGUGUACUAAUGACAUCGAGACCUUGGACGUAGAAAUUGAGAGGAGAAAGAAGCUUCCGGAUCCUGCUGAGAAAGAAAAGGGCGUUAGCCUUUGGUCUAUGAUCAAAGAUAAUGUUGGAAAAGAUCUUACCCGAGUUUGUUUACCUGUUUACUUUAAUGAGCCAAUCUCAUCUCUUCAGAAAUGUUUUGAGGACUUGGAAUAUUCGUAUUUGUUGGAUCGUGCAUAUAAGCAUGGAAAAGAGGGGAACAGUCUCCUGAGAAUAUUAUAUGUUGCCGCUUUUGCCGUAUCUGGAUAUGCUUCAUGUGAAGGUCGGCACUGCAAACCAUUUAACCCUUUACUGGGAGAGACUUACGAGGCUGAUUAUCCUGAUAAAGGUCUUCGGUUCUUCUCAGAAAAGGUUAGUCAUCACCCAACACUCAUUGCAUGCCAUUGUGAAGGAAGGGGAUGGAAAUUCUGGGGUGAUAGCAACCUUAGAAGUAAAUUUUGGGGUCGAUCAAUUCAACUCGACCCUGUGGGUGUUCUAACCUUGGAAUUUAGUGAUGGAGAGAUUUUUCAAUGGAGCAAGGUAACAACAUCAAUCUACAAUCUUAUUCUUGGAAAGUUGUAUUGCGAUCAUCACGGGACCAUGGAAAUACGCAGUAACCGCCAGUAUUCUUGUAAACUCAAAUUCAAAGAACAGUCAAUGCUCGAUCGCAACCCUCGCCAGGUGAAUGGAUUUGUCGAAGAUAUAAGUGGAAAAAAGGUUGCCACAUUAUUUGGUAAAUGGGACGAUAGCAUGUAUUAUUACAUCAGUGGUGAUAGGAAUACUAAUAAUGUAAAGGGAGGGAAAGAACUCAAAGAAGUUUCUGAUGAUGCACAUUUGUUGUGGAAGAGAGUCCAUCCCCCAUCGAAUCUCACACGGUACAACUUGACAUCGUUUGCAAUUACGUUGAAUGAGAUUACACAAGGUUUGAAGGAAAAGUUGCCUCCUACUGAUUCGAGACUCCGUCCUGACCAAAGACAUUUAGAGAACGGAGAGUACGAGAAGGCAAAUGGAGAGAAAUUGAGGUUGGAGAGGCGACAGAGGAUGUCAAGUAAGCUGCAAGAAAAUGGAUGGAAGCCAAGAUGGUUCCACAGAGAAUCAUCAUCAUCAUCAGAAAAUGGAACAUUCCGAUAUGUUGGCGGUUACUGGGAAGCACGAGAGAAUGGAGAAUGGGAUGGAUGUCCUAAUAUAUUUGGCGAGCUUAACAGUGAAGAAAGUCUGGAGUGUUCUUCUUCUUCUUCUCAUAAAGCAGCUAAAACAUCAUCAUCCUGAAUAGUAACUAUUCACAUGAAUCAUCACAUCCUCCAUCCCUUAAUUCCCCCAUUCAAGGUAUAUACAAACCUUAAUCUCACAUGAAGCCAUUUUUCAUGUCUGAAAUGAAAUGAUUUGCAGAGAGUAUGAUCUCGAUGGGGAUAUCGAUCCUUCUUGGCAAUUCAUUGGAGACUGACUGACUGAUUGAUUGACAUAAUCCAAAUAAAAAGGAGGAACCUGAAAUAUGUUGUAGAUUCCAUUCCAUUCCAUUCCAUUCCAAUCAGGUUUUGAGGCAGGCAAGGCAGCUGCUAUGCAUAAAUCAGUCAAACAGGCUCCUUUUUUCUUUCAGGAUGGCCUUUGUCUAUUCUCUCCUCGUCACAUUUUUUUUUUUUUUGCAUUGUUUGAAAGCAGCAGCACUAUCAGAGUUAUGCCGUUUUCAAACAAGCUAUUUGCCAAAAAAAAAAAAAAAAGUGAUAAAAGUCGAUAUUAAGAAGCACUACUGAUAGAUCUCAUUUAAAUUGCAUUGUAACACGGUUAAUUAAGUGCAAUUGUGUAACCCACUAUUGAUUGUGGGUU